CAAACGCUUAAAGAAAAAUGGCGGAUCAUCCUCAGAGAUAUGUCACUGAUCCGAGAAGCGGUUUCUGCAAAGCAAACUCUACUUUCUACACUAAACGCAAACCCUUGAGUCUCCCGGCGAAUCCUUCCCUCGACGUCACAACUUUUAUCUCCUCUCAACCGCACCGCGGCACCACCGCCUUCAUCGAUGCGGCCACUGGCCACCGCAUCAGCUUCUCCGAUCUCUGGAGAGCCGUCGAUCGUGUCGCCGAUUGUCUCCACCACGACAUCGGAAUACGGAGAGGCGACGUCGUACUCAUCCUCUCUCCAAACUCCGUCUACAUUCCCAUCGUCUGUCUCUCCGUCAUGUCUCUCGGCGCCGUCGUCACCACCGCGAACACUCUCAACACCGCCGGUGAGAUAUCCAGACAGAUCGCCGACAGCAACCCAACGCUCGCAUUCACGACGCGCCAGCUGGCAUCCAGACUCCCCGCCAGUAUCUCCGUCGUCCUCGCCGACGAAAACGAGGAGGAGCGCGUGGAGCCGAAUCUCGGAGUCAGAGUCGUCGGGGUUGUGUCUGAGAUGAUGAAGUCUGAACCGAGUGGUCAACGAGUCAGAGACCGAGUCAACCUGGACGACACAGCGGUAAUGCUAUACUCGUCGGGAACCACAGGACCAAGCAAAGGAGUGAUCUCGUCUCACGGGAAUUUGACUGCUUACGUGUCGAGGAUGGUAUCGGAGAAUUUGAUGGAAGACGAGAUUUUCAUCUGCACCGUCCCGAUGUUCCACACCUACGGACUAUUGACGUUCGCUAUGGCUACCGUUGCAAUGGGUUCGACGGUGGUUAUCCUCCGGAGAUUCGACCUACACGACAUGAUGGUGGCCGUCGAGAAGUACAGAGCGACGGUUCUGAUUUUGGCGCCGCCGGUUUUGGUGGCUAUGAUCAACGGAGCAGAGCUGAUCAAGGCAAAGUACGAUCUGAGCUCUCUGAAAGUGGUGAGGUGUGGUGGAGCGCCGUUGAGCAAGGAGGCAACGGAGGGGUUUUUGGAGAAAUAUCCGACGGUCGAUAUACUUCAGGCGUAUGCUUUGACUGAAUCAAACGGUGGAGGGGCUUUCACGGAUACGGUGGAGGAUAGCCGUAGAUACGGCACGUCAGGGACGUUGACGUGUGAUGUGGAGGCGAGGAUCGUGGACCCGGAAACGGGUCGGGUUAUGGGAAUCAACCAAACGGGUGAGCUCUGGCUCAAGGGCCCGUCUAUUGCAAAAGGUUAUUUUAAAAACCAAGAAGCUACGAAUGAAACCAUCAAUGUAGAAGGAUGGUUGAAAACAGGAGAUCUCUGCUUUAUCGAUGAGGAUGGGUUUGUUUUCGUCGUGGAUCGGUUAAAGGAACUAAUCAAAUACAAAGGCUAUCAGGUGCCUCCAGCUGAACUAGAAGCUCUGCUAAUCACUCAUCCAGACAUUCUCGAUGCCGCCGUUAUUCCGUUUCCGGAUAAAGAAGCAGGCCAAUAUCCAAUGGCUUACGUGGCACGAAAGCUUGAGAGCAACUUAUCUGAGAAACAAGUUAUUGAUUUCAUCUCUAAACAGGUGGCACCGUAUAAAAAAAUAAGAAAAGUGGCGUUUAUAGACUCGAUCCCAAAGACUGCAUCCGGGAAGACACUUCUUAGACAAGGCGGCGACGGCGGCGAAAUCGGAUCCAGAACUCUGGCGCUAGAUCGGAAAAGCGGUUUCUGCCAAUCAACGUCGACUUUCUACAGCAAGCGUGACCCAAUGGCUCUCCCGCCAAACCGAUUUCUCGACGUCACGACUUUCAUUUCAUCACAGCCUCAUCGCGGUAAGACCGCAUUCGUCGACGCCGUCACCGGUCGUCGCCUCGGAUUCUCCGAGUUCUGGCUCGGUGUCGAGAGAGUCGCGGCUUGUCUUUACGGAUUAGGUGUGCGCAAGGGCAAUGUCGUAAUUAUACUAUCUCCCAACUCCAUCCUCUUCCCCAUCGCCUCCCUCUCCGUCAUGUCACUCGGCGCCGUCAUCACCACGGCCAAUCCGAUCAACACUUCCGGAGAAAUCGCCAACCAGAUCGGCGAUUCGCGCCCUGUUCUCGCAUUCACCACCCGCCAACUCGUCUCCAAACUCGCCGCCGCGUCGAAUUCGAAUCUCCCGGUGGUUCUCAUGGACGAAAACCGCGUGUCUUCAUCCAAUGGAGUACAGACUCAAGACCAACGCGUGAAGAUAGUCGGGAGCUUGGAGGUGAUGAUGGAGACGGAACCGAGUGACUCACGAGUGAAGCACCGAAUCGACCAGGACGACACGGCGGCUCUGCUGUACUCAUCGGGCACGACGGGGAAGAGCAAGGGGGUAAUGGUGAGUCACCGCAACCUCAUCGCCUUGGUACAAGCAUACCGGGCCCGGUUCGAAUUAGAGCAGCGAACCAUCUGCACAAUCCCAAUGUGCCACAUCUUCGGCUUCGGGGGUUUCGCGACGGGCUUCAUCGCAUUAGGAUGGACAGUCGUGGUUCUUCCCAAAUUCGAGAUGGCUCAGCUUCUCUCGGCGGUGGAGAUCCACCGGUCUUCGUACCUUUCCCUUGUGCCGCCGAUGGUUGUAGCCAUGGUUAACGGGGCAAACGAGAUCAAAUCCAAGUACGACCUGAGCUCGUUGCACACCAUCGUAGCCGGAGGAGCUCCUCUGAGCAGAGAGGUGACGGAGAAGUUCGUCGAGGAGUACCCGAAGGUUAAAAUUCUACAAGGUUAUGGUUUGACUGAGACGACGGCUAUAGUUGCUUCUAUGUUUACUAAAGAGGAGACGGAGAGGUAUGGAUCCUCUGGAUUGCUUGCUCCAAGUGUGGAGGCUAAGAUUGUGGAUCCGGAUACGGGUCGGGUCUUGGGGGUGAAUCAAACCGGCGAAUUAUGGCUCCGGAGUCCCACUGUGAUGAAAGGUUAUUUCAAGAACGAAGAAGCUACUGCAUCUACUAUUGAUUCAGAAGGAUGGUUGAAAACUGGAGAUUUGUGUUAUAUUGACAGUGAAGGGUAUGUCUUUGUUGUUGAUAGAUUAAAGGAGCUGAUAAAAUGCAAUGGCUAUCAGGUUGCUCCAGCUGAACUUGAGGCAUUGUUGCUUGCUCAUACAGAGAUUGCUGAUGCAGCAGUAAUACCCAUCCCUGACAUGAAAGCUGGGCAAUAUCCAAUGGCAUAUGUCGUAAGAAAAGCUGGAAGUUACGUAUCCGGAAGUGAAAUCAUGGGCUUCAUCGCAAAACAGGUAUCACCGUACAAGAGGAUUCGGAAAGUCUCAUUUUUGGCUUCAAUCCCCAAAAAUCCCUCUGGCAAGAUUUUAAGAAGAGAACUUAAAAAGCUCACAACCUCAAAACUCUAGCAGGAAGAUGUUUAAACCAUCCUUAGCUCACACCCAUCACGCUUAGUUAACUCUUUUUUUUUUGUUUUGUUUAAACUAUAACUGACUUCUUAUACAGGAAUCUCUGUCAAAACUGAAUUAAAAUGAUAUACAAUCUGAAGGCUUAUAUAGAAUCUCUGUUUCUCUAUAUUUGUAUACAAACAGAAAAGACCCUUUGUCUGUAAAAAGCGCUCUCCACCAACGCAGAAACUGUUAAAAAACUAGAGACUGAAGCUUAGUCUGAUCAUGAGCUGCGUUGCAACGAAAGAGAGGGAAGAAAUAUGAAACCGAUGAAGCUCCUUUGCACGACGUGCUCAUGGAGGACACAUCAUGGUUCUUCUUCAUCAUAUCAUCAUCAUCAUCACCAUCAUCAUCACCGUGGCCAGACAAACUCCUCUUCCUCAGCAACACGAGGAUGUGAUCCAUCAAACCUCCAUCGCAAGGAACCUGUAAAGGGCCACAAAUGGUGGAACCAAACUCUUCCUCUGCCAUCUCCAACAAGACCUGAAAGAUUGGAUGUUUCAGAUAAUCCAACGGCAAAACAAACCUCCUGCCUUCUCUGGUGUACACGGCGAAGUGCCCUUUCUUCCACUUCCUCCACUUCUCCAUCAUAUCGGUGAGUCUAAGACUCUUACAAGACCCUCUCAUGAUAUGUUUCUGACUCUGAUCUCUCUGCUCUCUGAUAUGUUACCAAUAUAAUACCGUUGUGUACUGUAUACUGUUAGUCUGUUGCUGUCUGAAACUAUACCUUCCUCUCUCUCCAUUUAUAUAUACUACAAAUUGUGAUUAGUGUUUGUGGUGGCUGUGAUGCGGCCAAAAACAAGGAUUAAGAAUGUGUGGAAGGAGUAAGGUAGCCGUGUGAUUUUGUUACUAUAUGGGUUAAAAGUAUUGCGUUGGGGUUAAAAUAAUCAGAACUACUGUAUAUUAUGUGAUUGAAAAUAGUAAUUUUUUUUUUUUUAUAAUCUUACAUCUCUAGGCAUAAACAAUAAUUUUGUUGACAAAAAAACGGAGACAAACCAUAUAAGUAUAAAAAUAAAAAAUAGUAUUCCA